CUGGCAGAUGGUAAUGAAUGUGCGAGUAGGUUCAAAGCUCAAAACCCAGAGACUUGCCCUUGGUUUCUGUUGUAUCCCGCAGAGGCAGCAGCUCGCCAAUUCUAGUGCGCAGUGCUAGCUCCAUCUCGGCCAGCUCUUUAGCCUCGUACUUAUGGUAUUAGAGGAUAUCUCAGUUCGGCCGCUGUGCUGGCUUCCUGACUGCAAAUUGCGUCGUAGUCUCAAUCUUUUCUUUUGAACCUGGGGACUUUGAUUGAGUCUGGUUGGUUAGAAUUUCGAGUCAGGUUCAUUGGUUUGAGCCCAAGUAGUUGGGAGUUUUCAGGAAGUUGUGUGGCGAGGUUUUAGUGUUUGGAAAGGGAAGGUUAAACAGGAUCGCUGCGGGAUGGCGGUAGCGAUGGAGGUAUCGUGGAGAGGGUCAGAGCUGGGUAGUCCAGUGUUGGAAGUAAAGAAAAAGCGUGCAUGGGGAGCAGAUGCUCAGAAACUGAUGCAACUGAUGAUGGGACAGCUCCCGUCCGAGGGUGCGAAACAAGCAGCCGAGCCAAGCGUUACACUGGAUUUGCUUGGCAAAGCCGAUCCGCCCUCUUCUGGUGAAGUGAAAUUGGAGUCGUCCUGCCUUGCUCCCACCUCGCCGGAGUUUCUGGAACUUGACCCCAGCGAAGAACCUCUUCCUUCCGUCUGGGAAAAAUGCCUAGACCUCAAGACUGGCAAGCUAUAUUACGUUAACAAGUGCUCCGGCGUAAGCAGUUACGAUGACCCCCGGAUGCGGAGCAGCACAGAAUUACCACUUGCCCAUGAGUUUUUAGGUAGUAAGCAGUCCGAGACCCUCAGGCAAGAGUGUUUUAAAGCCUCGUCGUCUUCUUCUUCAGGAAGUCCCCGUAACAGUAGCCGACACCAGCGAGGUUCUCAGCUCUUGCCAUUCUCUGCCCGCAAGCAGCAGUGGAACUUGCAGCUAGACGAUCGCCGGGUUACCUUGAGCAACCGGAACUCUCCAGAAUUAGCUGAUGAACCUGAAUCCCACUUGGAGUUGGAUCUAAACUUGGCCGCUGGUGGUGCUUCCUCCGCCUCACGCCGUUACCAACAACAAACUGUGUGCACCAUGGAGAUGAUCCAGAAUGCAUUGCAGAGAACAGAGUCCAUAACCAAUCUCGUCAAGAGGGAGUUUCUCUCGACUCAGCAGCAUAAACGCUCCUCUUCCUUCUCAUCCCUUAACUCCUCCCGGUCUGAGGCUUUGGGCGCCUCUCCUUCUACUAGCAGCUCCUCAUCCACCUCCUCACGAACCGCUCACAGAGCAGGACCUGUGGACGAGUCACGACAAUCCUUCAAGCUCUCUACAACAGGGGUAUGCGAAGCUGAGAGUGUCAAAGCUGAGAACAUUGUCGCAGUCUCCUCGGCGCUUGUGAUGGGAGCUUGCACACGGUGUCUCAUGUACGUGAUGCUUAGCAGAGAUGACCCAAGAUGUCCCAGAUGCGAAGCUGAGGUGCCAGUAGACUUUGGCAAUGCUCCGGUUUCUAAGAGACAAAGGGUAGGACCUCACUUUGGCUCGGAUAGAAGAUAGUGGUGGACGAUUAGGACUCCACGAGUAGUUUAGGUUUUCGGACUCAAUUUUGGGUUCGUUUCACAGGAACUGUCUUGGUUUCGUGUAGGAAUCAUAUCUUUGCGGAGUUCUCAACCGGCUUGAUCUUGCGGAUUCAGAGGUCGAACUAGGGAGGUGUUUUGGCUAGAACUUGCCCAGAAUGGGCUAAACGCAUACUCCUCUUUUUGUACAUUGUACAUGUAGAAGUUUUACGUCUUGCGGCCUGCUCGUAAGUAGCAGCAGCAACAACUUGUACCAUGGUUUCGUCACCAGUGCAUCAACAAUGAUCACUCGUAUCCUUCUCUA